CUUCUUCACCGUUACACGUUCCACAAUGCACUCACCAUGGGUUUCGCUGCCUGCAGAGAUGAAGCUGGCCGUCAUCGACCUCCUCGAGGUCGACCAAGCCAAAAACUUUGCGUUUGUUAGCCGAGAAACGCGUCGACUCUGCGCAACUGCCAUUUUCCAGUCUGUUAUUCUCAAGAGUCACGAAGACUUGGUUGAUUUCCUGCGCGACGUACCAGCCGCGUACUACCCGUUCAUUCGUCGACUCGACGUCUGUAGCAAGUCUACGCAAGACCGAUCAGGCGUUCCUUCGCGGACAGAGGCUGUAACCGCCCUUCUCCGCCACUGCACGCAGCUUGAGCGCUUGUCACUUCGCCUUGAGGGUUCACUCGCCAACAAUGCUAUCAGCUGCUUUUGUUCCCUUCAUUCCCUCAAGAAUGUUUCCAUUCAGAAUUGCGGGGAUGAGGCCUCGACUCCCAUAAGCGAACGCUUCGUUGUUUCCAUUGCAGCAUCAGUACCUAGACUGGAAGAGCUUUCUCUCUACCGCAUCUCCCGGUCUACCAUGCACGCGCCGGAGCUUGUCGGAGUUUACCCGUAUGUUCCUGUGGUGGCGGGAGACGAAGACAUCGAAGACCACCCGUUACUCGGUUCCGCGCUGUACCUUCCGUCUCUCCUCCGGAUCCCGACCCUACGGAAGCUAGUUAUCCGCGACACCCAUCUGGGCGAUCCUCGGUGGGCCACUGCACCCGUUGCGUGCCCUCUCGAGAUUCUGGACCUCGGGAGCUCCUACCACGAGACGGACGAAUUCAACCGCGUCUGCACCGAGCGCAUCAUCCGCAAUGUUGGAGCAACCAUUGACGAGUUCACGCUCAACACGUCCUUCGGCUCGUCCGAGGUCGACACGACCGUCACGCACGUGCGGCCCCAGGCGGAGCAACCACUGAAGAAGCUGCGCAAGCUGCACCUCACGCCGCUCGUGCCCGUCGACAACGUCGUCGACACGCUCAGCACGCUCGGCGGGUCGCCCAUCGAGCGCAUCUCCGUGCAGUGCUUCGAGUACGACGUCGCGGACGUGUGCACGGCGCUGCAGGACUUCCUUGCGCUGCGCGGCGAGCGCGCCGAGACGGGCUUCUACGCGCACCUCAACGAGAUCCAGGUGACCGUCACCGAGGACCUCGACGCGCUGAGCUCGGUCAUCGGCGGGUGCGCGAUCCCGUGCGGCUCCGCCGAUGCCGCUGCGCGUCUGCAGGCGUACUGCCGCGAGCUGCUCGGGGAGGGUAUCAUUGAUGAUGCUUCUAUGGACUGCAAGCUGUCAGUGGAUGGCGAUGCGCUUGGCAAGUGUGAGCUGGUUGGGUAAACGUGCAUAGGUUUAUACCCCGUCUAUUUUUAUUCUGUAUCAUUAUGGGACUUCAGUUGCGAUACCUAGUGUUCUCUCGUGUAUGUCUCCUCGUUAUUAUUAGAUCUGUACAGCUUGUCGAUAUCAUGAUCGCGUUGGAAUAUCAUAGCCUCCCGGCGAAUCAAGCAG